AUGUGCAGCUUCUUUUGUAGAUGCGACAUUGGUCUGAUUGGCCUAGCCGUCAUGGGCCAAAACUUAGUUUUAAAUAUGCUUGAUCAUGGCUUUAAGGUUGAUGCAUUCGUAUCUCGUGAGGUGGAGCGCAAAAAUUUGUGCGGUGCGAGAACUGCUCCUGAAUUUGUCGACUGCCUUGCGAAACCAAGAAAGAUUAUGAUUCUUGUAAAGGCUGGACAACCGGUCGAUGAUUUUAUCGAAAUAUUGGUUCCCCUCUUGGAUCGAGGUGACAUAAUAAUUGAUGGGGGAAAUUCGGCCUUUACCGACACCGACAGGAGAUGCAAAUACCUUGAUUCAGUCGGUUUGCUUUUUGUUGGUUCGGGUGUAAGUGGAGGUGAGGAGGGCGCGCGCACCGGCCCUAGUCUCAUGCCUGGGGGUAAUCAUGAGGCGUGCUGGCAUGGCUUGGUUGGAAGUGGUGGAGCCGGUCACUUCGUCAAAAUGGUUCAUAACGGCAUCGAAUAUGGCGACAUGCAAUUGAUUUCGGAAGCAUAUUUCCUCCUGACAAAAUAUCUUUGUCUCACAGCCGCUGAGGCCUCAAAGGUUUUCGAUGAGUGGAAUAAAGGAGAACUGGAGUCUUACCUUAUUCAGAUAACUCGAGACAUUUUAGCCUUUAAUGACGAAUCUGGAACCCCACUCUUGGAGAAAAUCCGUGACGUUUCGGGUCAGAAAGGCACUGGAAAAUGGACUACGAUUUGCGGCCUUGAGCGCGGAUGCCCUAUUACCCUCAUUGCUGAGUCGGUUUUUUCAAGAAGUUUGUCUUCGAUGAAGAAGGAACGAAUGGAGGCAUCUAAAGUCUUGUCUGGACCAUCUGUUACCCCUGAAAUUGAAAAAUAUGGCAAGGUCAAACUCGAAGAAAAAAGGGAGGAAGUUGAACUCAUUCGGAAGGCACUGUACGCGUCGAAGAUAGUCUCGUAUGCUCAAGGAUUCAUGUUAUUGCAAAAAGCUUGCGAAGAAUUCGGUUGGGAUUUGGAUUUGGGAGCCAUUGCUCUCAUUUGGCGUGGUGGCUGCAUUAUUAGAAGCCGCUUCCUCGGCGAUAUUAAGACGGCCUACACUCGAGACCCCGAUCUUACUAAUCUUCUUCUCGAUCCCUUCUUCAAAAAGGCUAUUAAUCGUUGCCAAGAUUCCUGGCGUUCUAUAGUUUGUGUGAGCGCGAAAACAGGGAUUCCCACACCUGGUUUCAGCUCGGCGCUCGCCUUUUUCGACGCAUUCCGAUCCGCGAGACUGCCUGCCAAUUUGAUCCAGGCUCAGCGGGACUACUUUGGUGCACAUCUAUACGAACUAGAGACCUCUCCGGGUACAUGGCAUCAUACCGACUGGACAGGUGGCGGAGGGAGUACCACCUCCUCCUCGUAUCAAGCCUGA